AUGGCUACCGGCCUGGCCUUAGUCCACCCAAAACUCUUGAAUCCCGACAAUCCCAUUAGGAGUCUAUCACUAGCCUUCUGGUUGUGGAAGGCUCUUCUGUUUCUGGUUAUCAUUGGUUGCCCGGGGCCUGGUUAUGAUACUUCCACCGGGCUGCUACCUUACCAGGAAUCCGCUGCUUCCGAUGCCAAAUUGGAAGUCAUUAGGCAUGCGCCCUUCUCAUCUCCUUUGAAGCUGGUCAGGUGGGAUUCAAUAUACUUUAUACAUAUUGUGCGGGAUGACUAUGUCUUUGAACAAGAAUGGGCAUUUGGCUAUGGGUACACUAGACUCAUCUCCUUUCUAACAUCCGUCGCACUGGUUGCAAUUACCCUUUCCCAUAUUACCCAUUACUUUUCGGUAUUGGCUCUAUACAGACUAUCCAUCAACAUUUUUGGUCAUGAUAGCACCUCAGGGAGGUUAAUUAGUUUUCUUUCUGCUGCCUUACACAUUAUCUGCCCUGCAGGGGCAUUUCUCUCUGCACCCUACGGAGAAUCAUUAUUCUCCUUUCUCAACAUUACUGGGUAUUAUCUAUAUUCGGCCUCCCUGCUUGAUGCCAACGCUGGUAAGCGGGCGUCCAGUGAUGCGAACCUGUUACUCGCGGCCGCAUUAUUAUCAAUAGCCACGGCAGUCCGCAGCAAUGGAAUCCUUAGCGGGGCCCUAUUUGCAUAUGACGCGCUGCUACAGUUGCGCAUGAUUAUCUCCCAAGGUAUAUCCGGGGAUAAUUUGCUUCGCCUAGGUGUCAUUGUGGUCGGUGGGUGUGUAGUAGCCUUGGGGCUCAUUGUGCCACAGUGGAUUGCGUACACAGCAUUUUGCAUGUCUGACGAGCCUCUGCGACCGUGGUGUGAACAGCUCAUACCUAGUAUUUAUGGCUGGGUUCAGGUUCAUUAUUGGAAUGUAGGGUUCCUACGGUACUGGACACUUUCCAAUCUGCCUCUUUUUAUCCUGGCCUUUCCCAUGUUGUUCUUGCUGUGUCGCUCGUCUAUCUGGGCGUUAAACACGACGUGGCCUUCAGAUACAGGGACUUCGUUGUUGACACGGCUUGCAGCGCCCAACGGUCUACUUGCCGUGAUGGCAUUUACUAGCUAUCAUGUUCAGAUCAUCAAUCGGAUAUCCUCUGGGUAUCCUCUCUGGUAUUGGUACCUUAUAUGUAAGGUUCUCAGCCAUGUUGCGGGUCCUAGUAGCCUUGUUAAGCGCAGUCAAACUUUCACGAUUGCUGUACAAGGCAUGGUGAUCUAUGCAGUUGUUCAGGCAGUUCUUUUUGGAUCCUUCCUGCCACCAGCUUAG